AUGGCACCCCGUCGCAGAGCGGCCGACUCCAGCGCCUCGCGCAAGAGCGGCCAGGCAACCCUCCAGUUCGGCACGCAGUCAAAGAUAUCUAAGCCCUUCUCCAGCGCCUCAAUACCCGGCAAGGACUUGAAGAAACAGCCUUCCUCGCCCAAGGAGAUCUCUUUGCCUUCUCACAGCCUGCCAAAGAAGCAGGACGAUGACCAACAACAGCUGCAAGAACCUACCGCAGAAGUCCAGGCGACGCCAGCAUCCACAACUUCAACAGCCGUUGUCCAGAAGCAGGCCAGAGCCGAGGCAGCGCUGCCAAAGUCGAAAGAAGAUGAGCGAGCAGAGGCAUUGACGGUCGAGCAGUUGGAGACAUACUGGCGGGCGGAGGAGAGAAAGCGAACAGCCUCAAGAGUCCAUCAAGCAGAUCUAAGUAUUGAAGAGAAGAUUCUACGGCACUUUGACUUGUGCAGUCAGUAUGGCCCGUGCAUUGGAAUUGCACGAAUAAAACGUUGGAGACGAGCUCAUGCUCUCGGCCUAAAUCCACCGAUUGAAGUCCUUGCCGUCUUGCUCAAGAAGGAGACACGCGCGAAAGUGAGCGAGAAGGCGUACAUGGACGAGUUGCUAUCGUGA